UUCCACUCCAUCGAUAUGUAUAUCUCCCAAAUGCAACGAUCACAAGAUGUCGUUCUUGAAUUCGCAAUUACAGAGCUUCUACUUUCUCCCGUGAGACCACUCAUGGCGAUUUCUCUCCCUACCAUCAUUCCCUCCAACAGUCUCCACCCAACCAGAACAACCAAUCAACCUUCAACCCACCUAUUCACUAAACAAUCCCCACAUAAUCGCAGUCUCACUUUCUCUCUCAACCUGUACUCCACCAACAGACCCAGCAAUAUCUCAUCACCACACCAAGAGCGCCUCACUGUACACGCAAUCUCCGGUUCUUCCGGAAUUGGGUCUUCUGUGGUGAGUGAAGACAACACGGAAUUAUUAGACAGAGUAAAGGUGUUUGAUUUGAAUGGUAACGCCAUUGCGAUUUCUGAUUUGUGGAAAAAUAGGAAAGCUGUUGUUGCAUUUGCUCGUCAUUUCGGAUGUGUUCUUUGUCGCAAACGCGCUGAUUACCUUGCGGCUAAGAAGGAUAGAAUGGAUGCAUCUGGUGUGGCACUUGUUUUAAUUGGACCAGGUAGCAUAGAUCAGGCAAAAGCAUUCUCCGAGCAAACAAAAUUUAAAGGAGAAGUGUAUGCCGAUCCCAGCUACUCAUCAUAUGAGGCAUUGAGAUUUGUUUCUGGGGUUUCAACCACCUUUACUCCUGGGGCAGGUUUGAAGAUAAUACAGGCGUACAUGGAAGGUUAUCGACAGGAUUGGGGGCUUUCUUUUGAAAAGGACACCAGGACAAGAGGUGGAUGGCAACAAGGUGGAAUAAUUGUCGCGGGUCCAGGGAAAAGUAACAUCUCAUAUGUCCACAAGGAUAAAGAAGCAGGGGAUGAUCCAGAUAUCGAAUCUAUCUUGAAAGUAUGUUGCUCUUAAGGUGACACAGUGUUAGCAUGUUGUAUAAUAGGGCUGACACAUCAUGACAUGGUUAUUAUGGAUUUGAAUCUGUUGUAUGAGUUACAAAUACUGGCUGCUUAUAAUUUAAGUAUUUCAUGGUUGGUGGGGAAAGCUCAACUAUUACUGGGGAGAAAGACCCCGCGACCAGCGAAGGACAACGUCUCAACAGCAAGGUUUCAUGGCUGCUCUCCAUUCAACAUCACCAAUAUGUAUUUUCAAUAACUCAUCAUUUGUAUAUAAAUUUGGUCACAUUCAGUACAUUGAUCAUUAUGGUAAUACGGACAUUAUUCCAAUAA